CAGUGGGCAGGAGACACAGAUCAUACAAUACCAACCAGCUCAACCCACGGGAUGCUUACAGCGUGAAAGAGCGCCCACUGACUGUGCGUAAUGACGACAUCCACCUGGCACGUCCCACCACGAAUUCCCCUACAACUGCUGGAGCUCUGCUCAACGGCGGGCUGUGUCCCUGCAGCUGCUGCGGCCCCACCCACUGCCCGCGCGCUGUUGUUGUUGUCAUUUUCUCCAGCAGUCGCGCGCCGUGGCUCGUGCCAUCGUCCUCUGAUUACCGCCGAGACCUGGCUCGUCGCGCGCAUGCAGCAGAAUGGCUCGAGCGGCUCCAACGGUUCUGAUGGCGGCAGUAGGGAGCGACAGACUCUGUCCUUCAGCCCGUUGCCAGCCGCCGCUACUACGCGGGUGAGACGCUUCAUUCAGGAGAGGCGGACUCUGCCUUUGCCCAGAGUGAUGGUGGUGUUCUCGGCCGCAGGGGACACUGACAAACCGAGCGAUGCCAUGUCCAGCUCGGACGCUGCGGAGGAAGACUUCCGAAAGUCGGCCUGCCCCACACCGACCCUCACCGUUAGCAAACCGCUCCGCGCCCCACUGGACAGCCAGGAGCAGGACUCCUGCCAGGAGUUUCCAGAAGUCAUCUGUCUGAACGUUGGGGGAAUGCACUUCACCACGCGGCUUUCUACACUGCGGCGAUAUGAGGACAACAUGUUAGCUGCAAUGUUCAGUGGGCGUCACUACAUUCCCCGUGAUUCAGAGGGACGCUUCUUCAUUGAUCGGGAUGGAACAUAUUUUGGGGACAUCCUGAAUUUCCUCAGAGAAGGUGAGCUUCCUCAGAGAGACCGUGUGCGAGCGGUGCAUAGAGAGGCUCAGUACUACUCCAUCGGCCCGCUGCUGGACAGCCUAGAGGACAUUCAGCCUCUCACAGGAGAGAAAGUCAGACAAGCUUUCCUGGAUCUGAUGCCCUACUACAAAGACAAUCUGGAGCGUAUUGUGGAAAUUGCCAAACUCAGGGCCAUGCAGAAAAAAGCACGCUUUGCCAAGUUGAAGGUCUGUGUCUACAAAGAAGAGAUGCCUAUCACGCCAUAUGAGCGUCCGCUUUUUAACUCUCUGCGCUUUGAACGCUCAGACAGUGAGGCCAAGCUCUUUGAGCACCACUGCGAGGUGGAUGUUUCCUUUGGACCUUGGGAGGCAGUGGCAGAUGUGUAUGACCUUCUUCACUGCAUUGUCAGUGACCUGGCAGAGCGAGGCAUUGCUGCUGAGCAGCAGUGCAUCGGUGUUUGUGACAAGCACCUUAUUAACCAUUACUACUGCAAGAGGCCCAUCUAUGAGUUUAAGAUCACGUGGUGGUGAAGCUGCAGGGAGACAGUCGUGGCUGAAUGGACCAGAAAGACGAAGGGUGGUUGCUCUAGUUUUACUGUAACUCAGCGAAUAUUGGAUUUUGUAAUUUGCCAAUAUUUUGUGCUGACGUCUUAAACUCACAGCAUAAGGAAAUCUAUGUAAAAUAUUUUUCCUUGCUGUAUCACAGUGCAGAGAGGUUGUUGUUUGGCCUCAUCAAAGGUCAAAGUAAUAAACACAGUGCAUAAACAAAGCAAUUGAACAGAACCACAACCUGUAUCUUUAAAUUUAACAUUAAGCUGAACAUACAACUGAACAUUAACACCUUUAUCGGGGAAGUGUUAAUAACUGGACUGUUCUUGUAGCUUUAGCUUGGGCUGUGUAAUAAACUUUCUCACUGACUGUGAACGUGAUCCUGUCAGUGAAAUCUAGUUUAAUAAAAACCUUACUACUGCUGCAGGAUGUAACAACCUCUAAAGUCCUGGUGUGGCAGACUUCCAGUGCAGAUCUGCAGGUUACCUCCAGGGCUACGUGUGUCAGAGUCACACCAGACGUGGACCAGAAAUAAGGCUUUUAUUGGAUAGGACAGAAACGCUGUUGUCCAUUUCUUCAUUAAAUAACAUUUAAAGGACUAUUGGCCAUUAAUUUAUUUGACUUUUAGGACACAUUUUUAUUUUGAGCCAGGAUGCUUUUGUUCUUAAAAUAUUAUAAGAAUGUGUUUGCCACCAGAUUAACUUCUAUGUGAUAUGGUUAGUGGAUCAGUGUACACUAAUGUUAAGCAUUUACGUCGGUUUGCGAUGCAACGGAAAAACACUAUCCACUGCAGCUCAAAGUGAUGUAAAUUGGUAACCGUCUAAUAUUAAACUAUCAUAAGCUGACCACAAUGUCAGACUAUGUUUGGAUGUAGCUGUGAAAUUCUGUUGCAUAUUUUUUAAAAUGUGAAUUGAAGUAAACCAGUACUGCUUUGAGACCCAUAGAGUUUUCAAUUUAUUUUCAUUCAGCCUAGUUAAGUGACUCUGUAGGGCUAUGAGGUCUUCCCCUUUCACAUGAUUGAUCCAGUGUAGACUCUGACGAAGGACUGAAGCUGUAGCUGUCAAGCUCCUCUCCUUGUGCAGCCGAUGUUGACAAGGUGUAAAGACGUGAAGCCUGACCUUGUGCGUCACAAGGUGUAAUGACGUUUCAUUUUAUAGGCAGUUCUGCCCUUUUUGAGUUAAAUUCUUAUGUGUUUAUUAUGGUGUUUAUUUGUGAAUUACUCAUUAUUGUAUUUGUAGCUUUGCCCCAAUUGUUAAGUGAUUGGGUUCAGGACCUGUUGUCAUAUUUCCAGAGCUAAUAUUGAAAGAAAUGAUUAUUAAUAUUGUAAGCAAUGUAAGUAAACUUAAGACAUAUAUGUAUUUUAGCACUACAUUUUAUUUAAGAAUACAAAUGAACUGUUCCUUUUUGAUAAACAGUAUAUUUUAAUUAUGCAACUUUCAGAUGAGUGUUUUUUAAAGUUUUACAGAGUUGAGUGGUUUCGAUUUUGUCUUUGUGUUAUGUUUCUCAAUAGUCUUCAUAUUUUAGUUGGCUUUCUAUUGAUGUUUCACAUGGCUGAAAGAAGUUAAUUAUUCCCACACUAAUGCAAAAUUGCAAAUAUGUAACACAAGUCUCUGAAUGAAAAAUGUAACCAGUUGUAAUCGGUACAGAAAGAAUCUAAAUUUCAGCUGUUUGUUGUCAACUUCCAUGCUAAUUGUGCAACACAUACAGCAUCAGAUGUUUGCUAAAGGGAUCUCGUGCUGUUCUUGAUAAAAUGUGUGAUGUACACAUAUUUUUCUAACUCUGUUGACGGUACAGUAUCAGCCAACUGACAACAGUGAACAGCUCUAAAACGCAGCAGGUUACUUAUCUUACUUAUAUAAGUGAGCCAACAUGCUUAUUUAUUUAGUUGAUGUUGUUCUGAUGAUGUGGGAGAGCUGCUACAGUACAUUCAUCAUUUUGGGCACUAAUGUUGAUUUAUACUAUUGGGUGUUUGCAUUGUCUUAAUGUAUUAUUUACUAUUUCUGUUAGCUUCUAGGAAGCUAUUGUUCCACAGUGUAGUUCUAUUCUGAUUACGUUUGUGUGUACUGAAGUUGAUAAAUUGUCAUAAAAUAAAAAAUAAAAAACUGUUUCCCUCUUAUUUACAA